GAAGGGGAGGAGAGGAUCAACUACCUUCGUUUGUGGGUUAUACCAAUAAUCAAUGCGCCCUUUUUCAGCUUUCCCUGUGUCGUUGCCGUCUUCCUUCCGGUUCAUUUUCUCCAUUUGCGGGUAGGGUUUUUUUUGAUAAACAUGGCAGGAGAGGGUGCUAAUGAGUUGCAAGACUGGGAACUGCUCCACGAUUCGGAACCAAUCCUGGUGAACCCGAUCAGUUUGAACGAGGGUUCGGACUCGGAAUCGGACCUGGUUAAAUCGCCAAAUUUGGCCGGAGAUUUCCGGAGUUUUGAAGGAAUCAGGUCUGAUUACUUCGCUCUGGACGGUCAGAAUAUAUAUGCGAAAGCUGCUGAUGUAGAGGCCGAUGGGAGUGAAUUGGGCUCCGUGGAGUCGGAUAAUCCGAGUUGGAUUGAUCCUGUGUUAGAGACUGGAUAUAAUAGAAAGCUCUCGGGUGAGUUCUGGUCGGAUUCGGGCAGCGAUCGGUCUGAUGAGCGGAAAUUGAGUGAAAACGAGUUGGGGUUUGUGGAGAAAGCGAGAAGCCAAAUGGUUCUUGAAGGGUCGGGAGAAGUGGACACUAACAGUGAAAAUUCUGGGAGAUUUAAUGUUUCUGAAGCAAAAGGUGAGGUUGGCUCUGGUGAAAACGCAAAAGGCGAAGUGGGUUUUGAAGGAUUCGGUGAGAUUCCAAUAAAGGAUAAAGAUUCAGGCAACUUCUGGUCCGAUUCUGGUGGAGAUGGAUUGGUUUCAAUAGAGUUUGGUGAUCAUACGAAGGCACCAAAAGAGCGCUCUGAGAUGCUUGGUGAAUCUGAUGUUGGAGAUGGUUUGAUGGCUGCUUCUGAGGGUGGUAAUGACGAUUCAGAUGUCCCAAUUGACGAAAUGAAAGACAAUGUGAAACCAGGCGGUGAGUUGGAGAAGAGGAAGGUGGUGUGGUGGAAGGUUCCAUUUGAGGUGUUAAAGUAUUGUGCCUUGAGGAUUAGCCCUGUUUGGACUUUCUCUAUGGCGGCGGCUGUUAUGGGAUUUGUUAUCCUCAGCCGAAGGUUGUACAAGAUGAAGCGCAAAAGCAGGAGCUUGGAGAUCAAAGUUACCAUGGAUGAUAAGAAGGUGUCUCAGUUCAUGACGCGUGCUGCUCGUCUCAAUGAGGCAUUUUCAGUCGUGAGAAGGGUCCCCAUACUACGGCCUACAAUGCCAGCUGCUGGGGUGAAUCCAUGGCCUGCGAUGAUUUCACGGUGAAAAUAUACAGUCGGAUAUAGACAUCAAAUGAACAGUUUGUCCACAGGGUCUCACGUCCUAAUUAAAUAUUUGUCUUACUGUGCUCUGUAUUGAUUAUCAUAUUUGUAGUUUUUCCUGUUUACGGGUUUCUGAACUUGUCCAAAUGUGUGUAUAAGCACUGUCUGUUUGCCCACAGUUUCAUGUUACUACUUCUAUUUAUAAUAACGAAGAUGUGUGUCCAUUUACCUUGA